UCUGGACCGUUUUCUACCAAUGACGAUGUGAUGGACAAUAUGGCGCCGGGAGUAGAUUUAGCUUGUGAACCUGUCGUUGUCUAAAAGACUGGCGAUCCGACAGGAUGAACCUCUGCGCCCAAUACUUACGGCAGGCAGAGGCCCUGAAGGCUGACAUGACAGAUUCAAAGCUUGGUGCCGCGGAGGUCUGGACGUCACGGCAGGCUCUUCAGGACUUGUACCAGAAAAUGCUGGUUACGGACCUGGAGUACGCCCUGGACAAGAAAGUGGAACAAGAUCUCUGGAACCAUGCUUUUAAGAAUCAAAUAACCACACUACAGAGUCAAGCUAAGAACAGGGCCAACCCCAAUCGAAGUGAAGUACAGGCCAAUCUGUCCCUGUUUCUUGAGGCAGCUAGUGGAUUCUACACACAAUUGUUGCAGGAGCUGUGCACGGUGUUUAAUGUGGACUUGCCUUGCCGUGUGAAAUCAUCUCAGCUUGGCAUCAUCAGCAAUAAGCAGAGCAGCACCAGCGCCAUAGUGAAGCCCCAACCCAGCUCCUGUUCCUACAUCUGCCAGCACUGUCUUGUCCAUCUUGGAGAUAUUGCACGUUAUCGGAACCAAACCAGCCAGGCUGAGUCGUACUACAGACAUGCAGCUCAACUUGUUCCGUCAAAUGGUCAACCUUACAAUCAACUGGCCAUCCUGGCUUCUUCCAAAGGAGACCACCUCACAACAAUCUUCUACUACUGCAGGAGCAUUGCUGUCAAAUUCCCCUUCCCUGCUGCCUCCACUAACCUACAGAAAGCUCUUUCCAAGGCCCUUGAGAGCCGUGAUGAGGUCAAAACAAAAUGGAGCGUGUCUGAUUUUAUUAAGGCCUUCAUCAAGUUUCACGGCCAUGUUUAUCUCUGCAAAAGCCUGGAUAAGCUGAACACCCUGAGAGAGAAAUUAGAGGAGCAGUUCCAGAGGCUGAUUCUUCAGAAAGCUUUCAGCUCCCAGCAGCUGGUCCAUAUCACAGUGAUAAACCUGUUUGAACUGCACCACCUCCGAGACUUCAGCAAUGAGGCAGAUGAGCACAGCUACAGCUCGGACGAGCAGAUCAGCUGGGUCCAACUCCUUGGCCUCUUCAUGUCUUUCCUGGGCGUGAUGUUAAGCCGAGCUUUACUCAAUAAGAACCGAGAGGAGAUCAUGGGGGAGUGCCCUCUUCCUGCCAUCAAAGUGUCUCUGGACUGGCUAAGGCUUCGACCCAGUGUGUUCAAUGAAAGUGCCAUGGACAAGCGGCAGUACAUCUGGCCAUGGCUGGUGUCCAUUCUGAACAGCUUUCAGCCUAAGGAGGAGGAUGUGUCAAAUGCGUCAGUGAUUCCACUGCCUGAGGAGUUUGAACUGCAAGGCUUUCUGGCCCUUCGGCCAGCUCUAAGAAUGCUAGACUUCUCUAAAGGGCAUCAGGGUAUCGUGGUUGGCAAAGAGAGCCUGUUAAUUCAUGCCCGACACCAGAGACUCAUCAGCCUGGGCAAGUGGGUGGCUGACAACCAACCACGGUUGAUCCAGUGUCGUAUAAGUGAUGGCCUUCUGCUCUUCAUCACUGAUAUCCCUGAGAUGGUAGUGGAAGAGCCACAGGAAAAAGACACACCUGUUCUCCAGGAGUCAUCUAAUGGUGAGCAGACCCCGAACGACAGCACCCAGGGCCUGAAGUCGGUCCUCUCAGCUGGAAAGAACCAGAACAGUGGGCUAGAUGGCAGUGAGAGACCUGUGGUCACCUUCAAAGAGAACAUCAAACCUCGAGAGCAAAGUAGAGAACAGAACCGGACCCAGCACCAGAGGGAUGCAGGAAAGGACAGAGCUGCGUUUAAUAAAGGAAAUGGAAUUCAAGGGAAGAACGAGCAGAAGAAAGAGGGCAAGAGAAAGAGUGAGGUGAAGAAAAACAGUCAUGAUAAAACUACGGAUGCUGGGAAACAGGUGAAGACUCAGACUGAGAUGAGGAAGACUCCAGUGUCAGAGGCGAGGAAGACUCCAGUCACACAGACUCAAACAACAUGCUCUUCACAAUUUAUCCCCAUCCACCACCCAGGAGCUUUCCCACCUCUGCCCAGCAGACCAGGAUUUCCCCCACCAGCAUAUGUGAUCCCUCCUCCUGUGGCAUUCUCCAUGAGCCCAGGCUUCACCUUCCCCACAGGUGUAUCUGUACCCGCACCCUUCCUCCAGACUGCUUCCCACCCUCAAUCUGCCAAUCCAGUGCAGACGGGGAAACCCUCACACAUUCCCUACAGCCAGCAGAGACCCUCGGGUCCUGGAGCCCUAAACCAAGGCCCUCCACAGCCUCAGCAGACACAGCCUCCCCCUCCACAGCCAUCCCAACAGGCCUUGCAACAAUCUGUACAGCUUCAAGUGCAACAACAACAACAGCAACAGCAGCAGUCACCCACAAAGCAGAGCUCUCAGCUUGGAAAAAGUCCGCCACAUCAUCACAGCAUGCAACAGUCUUACAUGCAGGUGCCUGAGCAGCCUGGUCAAAUGUGGAACCAGCACCAAACACAGCCCACCAUGCAGAAAAUGCCCAUGCAGAUGCCAGUCAAACAGCCUUUCUUCAUGCCCACCCAGGACCCAAUGAAGCUUUUCGAACACCCCAUGAGCAUGCAGCCCCCUCAGCCCAGCAUGGACAAGAAGAUGAAGUUUCCGGAGGUCAAAAUGCAAGAUUUCUAUUGGGAGCCUUCUUACCACAUGGGAGGAGAGGGCAGGAGCGGAAUGGGGGAAAGAAUGGGCAAACGUCAGCCUGGAGUCUUUUGCCCUGACCAGGAGAACAUGCCCAGAGGCCCUCCAUAUGAAGACAACAAGAGCUCCCCUCUUCUGCCCCCAGACCUGUUAAAGACUCUGGCGGAUUUUGAGGAGGAGGAGGAAUUGCUCUUUACUAAACCUCAUGAUUUCUACCAGGCCUUGGCUGGCCCUCUUAAUUCUGCUCCUGGAAGGAACAUGUUUUUGCCAAAUCAGUCACGACUAGACAGUGGAGCUGAUGUGAUUGGUCAAUCCUCUCUCCUUCCCCGAUUUUCCAUUCAGGAGAGCUCCUACCAGAACAACAGCAUUUUCAGCGAGGCCUACGGUAAAAACAUGGCUCCUGCGUCUAAGCCCGACGCACCCAUGAUGCACCAGGAGCCUUCGCUUUACUCCCUGUUUGAAGGAACUCCAUGGUCCCCCUCCCUUCCUGCUAGCUCAGAUCACUCCACACCAGCCAGUCAGUCCCCUCACUCUUCCAACCCAAGCAGCCUGCCUUCAUCCCCACCCACGCAUAGCCACAGCUCCCUACCCUUCUCCAACUUCGGCCCCAUUGGGACGCCUGACAGCAGAGACCGUCGUGGAACUGAUCGCUGGAAGGCUGAAAAGACUGGUGUGAGUGGCUUUGGGUUGGACUACCUGCCAUCUGCCUCGUCCUCCUCUGUGCCGGAUACCAACAGCUGGCACCAGGGGGCGCCAACCAGCAGCUGGGCAGCCCAGGAUAUGCCAAUGGAGGACUCAUCCACUGUCCUUCUUGACAGUUUCAAGUCAAUCUGGUCGAGCUCUAUGAUGCAGCCCGGUCCGUCUGCUCUGGAGCAGCUGCUGAUGCAGCAGAAACAGAAGCAGCAGCGUGGCCACGGCAACAUGAACCCGCCACACUGAGAGUCCACGGGAAGACGCACUUGUGUGAAACAUGAUUCAACAGAAGAGGUGAAACACCACAAGCUCCAAUCGGAAAUUUCCGGCAUUACCUGCGCGCGGAGGCUGGAGACGGCGAACGAUGUGAAGCGACAGGCUCAAAACGAACCGCUCGCCUGACCGACGAGGGACGUGCAGCCCUCUCCUCUCCUCUAUCUCUCUCACUCACUCUGUCUGUCUCUCUCCCUGUGAGGGCGUGCAAGCACUUGACCUGUCACGCUGCUCAGCACGUAGCCGCUGCAGAACACUGACUCUGAUGGAGGGACAAACUCUCUCUGAUUGCCACCUCGCUUCCUCUGGGGGUCAAAGGUCAUUCUCCUGUCUCAUCUGGACUUAAGACUCUGGACUAGACACCCUCAUGCCACCUGCUUAAAUCGCUCUGUGUGACCGGCACGCCGCACGUUAAGGAGUUGAGGGCGGGCGUGCGUGUCAGGAAGGGAUGUUUAUUGACGGCAGACGUGGCGUUACGAGGGACAAAAAAAGAAAGAAGGACUGGUUUUGUGUUUUAUUCCAAGUCUGGAUUCAUUUUCUCAGAGGGAUUCGUCGUGUUCAGAAUAUUAAAAAAUAAAUAAAAAAGAAUGAAUGAAGGAUAAUGCGAACGGCGUGGAAGCGCGCUUCUAGAGAACGUGCUCGGAUAUUAGGACUUAGGUCGACACAGGCAUGGAUCAUGGUCUUGUCAUGUACAGUCUGUUGAUUUGUAAGAAGAGUUCGCAGAACGGGACAGGGAACGUCUCUAAAGUUCGAACCAUUAUGAAGCUCAUAGCGACAUUAUAGCUCAAAUCAGUAUCAAGCGGAGUUGGGGGUUAGACUAUAGAUGUAGGAUGUAGUAUCAUUAGCUGCAAUAGAGACUGCAAUUAUUAACAAUACUGUAUUUUGUGACUUGUUCUGUAGCAGUUUUAGCUCUCUGAAAUAUUAUUCGGUAAAUAUGUUCAAUAGUUUACUGCUAAUGGGGGAGUUCAUUCGAUAUAAAUGUGUGCCUCCCCUUCUCCCUCCUCUCCUCAUUUCUUUAUUCUCUAGCUUAAACGCAUAAUGGCUUCCUUUGUUCAUGUUCUGCCUUUUUAUUAAUAGUUUUAAGCUUUAUCAGCUCUCUUUGUGCCUGGUCUGUGUUUUCUCUCUUCCUUUUGUUGUUCUUUCUCUAUUUUUGUUUUAAGGAAUCGCUAGCAUCACGGUUGGCACUGUAGGGACGAGGCGAACGGGUCUAGCUGUGACGCCGUUAGCUCGGCGGAAAGGGAUGCGAACCCCGUUUUCCCACAGCAACCUCACAGCCACUGAAUUGUUCUCCUUUCAGGUACCAUCUCCGCAGCCACUGUACUCGGUUUAAAAACCACAGAACGUACCUCCGAAAGGACGCUUCAGCUCCCGUCACGCUUAGCACUAAAACGUCGACUCUUGAGGAAGAGCGGCGAGCCCGAUUACUGCUUCGUUCUGAAAUCUUGUAACGUGUAUCGUCGGUUGCCUCAGGUUAGCGUCACGUGGUCACGUCGUCGUAGACGCCCUGUUUGCAGCCUGUUUGUUUUGUUUUCCUUCUAACUAAAAAGCAGAUAUUGUUUUGAAAACGUAACGGUUCUCUUUUCAAUAGAGGAUAUAGCACUGAGUAGGCCUUCGAGACCUUGUGUAGGUGCCACUGUUUGGUAGAGAUGUUCUGGGGCCAGGGGUUUGUGCCGAAAUAUCUAUAAGCGUUCACGGUGGUUAUUUCUUCCUGGUUCGGUAAGAUGUUUUUGUUCGGCGAAGGUUAUAUGAAAGACGUACUCUCUUGUAUGAUGAGAAUAAAGCGUGUUUUUAUUUUUGAGUAGAGAACAUUUUAUUAAAGAUAAACUUUAAAUGAUGUGUCUAUUUGCCGUGUGAUUGUGCUUCUCUUGUUGCAUUUAAAAUUGUAUUAAAAAAUAGAAGAAUAAAUAAUUAAAUGGAACCUUAAAAGUUGAGUUAGGUCAAAGUAUCAAAAAAUAAAAAAUAAAUCUACGAGCAAAGUUUUCAGUGGGAGCUGCGCGCCCCAUUUUGUUCAUCUUUCGUUUUCUUUUUAGAAUCGUUCAGCAAGGAGUUUCAGAAGCCUGUGCUCUGAUUGGUUGCUGUGGACGCCUAACAUUCUUUUAUUUUGGAUGGACUUGUGGUGCACAGUCUUGUGUGAAUGUGCUUUUUUCGAUACCCUGUAUCUCACUGCAUUGUAAAUGUGGAUUUUUUCCCUGUUGUCCAGUAUCCAUCUUUUAACUGUGGCUUCUGUAGUGAUGUACAUUACAAUGCUGAUCACAGGACAACAGCCUUGCGCCUCUGGGCCGUAAUAUAACAUUCCAAUAGUAAAGCUAAAAGAAAAUAUAACAGCCAGCUUUUUACAUUCAGUUUACCACUAAGAAAAGUUUGUCCCAACCCUAAAUUCAGUCUGCCACUGAUUCUGCAUGAAAUCCAUCUUUCAGAAUGCCUUGUAUUUUGGAUGAGGGAGAUAUCCAGUCAAGUUCUUUUUUUUUUUUUUUUUUUCUUUUGUUUUUUUAGAGGAUUUUGUCAGGGAAUAGUUGGGGGUGAGGAUAUCUCCUUCUAUAAUGGGCUUGAUUUAUUGUGUUCUUGUCUCUUUGUGGACACUUGUAAACGCUGGAAUCAGCUAUGCCUUUAAUAAAAUAAACCAUGUCCUCA